AACGAGGUUUCUGGGCAUCGCGAUACGGAGCUCCGUAGCUGAGCUGUUGCUGCGAUACCGCUGCUGUGGCCUCAGGAGGCAUCAUGGCUGCGCGGGGCUGAGGGGAGGGGGCUUCACCAGCGUGGGAACAGGGAGAAGUUCAAAAGAAAACAGGCAUGGCGAGCGGCCACAGAACUCCCAAAGGCCGUCCUCCUUCGAGAACAGGAGUAGGGCUGCCAGCAAGGCCAUCCUCUGCAGUAAGGGCUCCAUCAGCAGCCAGGAUAGGAACAGGGAUGCCUCCCAGCACAUCAAGACCUGGUUCUCGUGCUGGUUCUUCAACUGCAAGCGGAAUCUUGUCACCUCACAUUAAAGUGGCAGACCGCCCAGUCACACAGCAGGGAUUAAGUGGAAUGAAAACUGGAACGAAAGGUCCUCAGAGACAGAUAAUGGAUAAAACUUAUUAUCUUGGACUGCUGAGGUAUGUCUUAAACUCAAAGCGCAGAAGGUGUAAAGCUCUGUUCCCUCUUUUCCCAUCUACUGAAUUGAUUGCUCAGCAGCAGGAAUUGGAUGCAUUAAGCAUAAAGGAGAUGUCUCUGAGAGCUGAAAUAGCACACUCCCAGGUGAAACUGGAGGCAGUGCAGCUGUGUGAAAAGCUCAGUGAGCUUGAAGAACGUCGGAAUCAAAUGAUUGCUGAGGACAAGAACAUGGAAUCUCCACAGGAGGAAAGGGAGAGAUUACUAAAGCAGGUUAAAGAAGAUAGUCAAGAAGUAGCAAGCAUGGAAAGACAGCUGGCAGAUGUAAGAAAGAAAACAAAUCAUUUUAAAAAGGUUAUUCAACAACUUGACAUGGAUUUGGAGAAGCAUCAAGGUGAGGAAAACUGGAAGUAUAAGGAGCUGAAGAAGAAAGAAGAAAGCAUGGACAAUUUUCUUGAAAAUUUUGAGGAGGUGAAGAAUCAGGAACUGGAUCGAAAAGCACAAAUAGAAGCCAGUAUUAUUGCACUUCUGGAGCACUCAAGUAGGAAUGUGAACCACAUGAAACAAAUUUCAUCUGUUACCUAUCAAGAGUUGAAGAUUAUGCAGGAAGACCUCACUUUCAAAUCAAGUGAAAUGCAGAAGUCACAGAACACUGCUAAGUAUCUGAUUACAGAAAGCCAGAAGCUGCAAAUGGACUUGCAGAAGAUGGAACUUCUGGAGGGCAAGAUGACUGAUGAACUGGCUUCGCUUAAAGAGAGAAUUGAAAAAACCACAGCAGAUUUGGAGGUUUAUAAAGAUCUGCCAGCUCUGAAAGCAUCAGGAGAAGAGAAGAAAAAGAGACUACAGGAGGAGAAGGAAAAAUUAACAAAACUUAGCCAUGGUUUCAAGAAAAUAAUGGAAACUUUGAAUGCAGAAUACGAGACCCUAAAAAGAGAGCUGCAGGAGAAUGAGACCUAUUCUCAGCUUACGAACUUGGAGAGGAAGUGGCAGCACCUAGAGCAAAAUAACUUUAUGAUGAAGGAAUUCAUAGCAACAAAAAGUCAGGAGAGCGACUACCAGCCAGUAAGGAAGAACGUGAGAAAGCUGGUUACAGAAUACAACAAAGCACUCAUAGAAGCUUUACAGAACACCAAGAGCUGAACCCCAGCACUUCCUUCCUGACCAGUGGACCAACAAUGAGUGAUGUGCAUAGGCAGCACAAAAAGAUGGACUUCUGAGCUCAUUAGUUCACCACUACUGUGAUACAUGUUCUUAAAAAAUAUUUUUCCAAGUUUAUAGAAAUCUUAGGUUUUAAUAGUUCUCCUCUUUUUGCAACGUUUGAAAAUAUUCAGAAAUAAGCUUCCAGAUUUAUAAACAUAUAGAACUAAAAAGGAAAUACUCCAUAAUAACUAUGAAGUCACCAUAAUAUUUUACCAAGGCCUGCUGCUGGGUUGUAUCUCAGAUGUGAAGCCUCAGUCUGCUUUACACGGUGGAUGUGUAAUUGUCUCAUAUCAGUAUACCUUCCCUAUUUAUAUAGCAGUUUACAACAACUAAAGGAAGCAUCUAAGGACAGCAAGCACUCUCUUAAGUCAGAAUUGUUUCAUGUUUUAAAGACUUAAAAUAAAAUAAAUUAAAAUAAAAGCACAUCUUCUUUAA